AUGUUACCAAAAGACCCACAAGUGAAAACGGAAUGGCUUAAAUUUAUUUUUGGAGCUGUGCCAGAGAAGCAUAGUUCAAAGUUAAGUGUGUGUACACUGCACUUCGACGAGAAUGACUAUACCAACUUUGGCCAGUUCCAUAGUGGAUUUGCGGCGAAGUUACAUUUGAAACCAGACGCAGUGCCAUCAUCCCGACUGUCUGGUUGUAGGCCUACUGUACCCACCUGCUUAGGAACACCCACGUUCAAGGAUGCGGCUUGUCAGACAGACCCACCCAGUCUGUCCACCAAGGGCACUCAGUUGUCAGCAAAGACUUUACGAGGUUAUCGUGUGAAAAGCAGAGAAAUUCAAACACCAUGCGCAGCUGCCACUGAAACGACUUGGGAAGCCCUGACCUCCACACCCAUCAAGUCACGGCCAGCCAAAAGACCACGCUUGGCUGUGGAGGAGGAUGACGAUGAACUGCUAGAUGAAGGGGAAGACUCCUCAUUAGUCGCUGAACCACAUGACUCCACAUAUGUGCCCGACCAAGACACAAUGUCAGACUUGGAGUCAUCGCAUAUUUCUGACACCAGCCACAGUCACAAUGUAGGCCUACAUAGCUUUAAUGGUCUCUCAAAAGUACUACACUCGUACUACCACAGUACUACACUGCCAGCAAAAUUAUAA